AUGUGGCUUAUCAACACCAAGACACUGCGACUGGAACAAGUUGUCGAUGAGACACAAUGCGUGUUUGCCAUUCUUUCCCAUACCUGGGCCCCAGCGGGCGAAGAGGUAAACUUCCAGGAUAUGCAAAACCUUGAUUUUGCAUCGACAAAGCCAGGCUUCCAGAAGAUCAAGAAAACGUGCAACAUCGCGUCGCGCAUGUACAAGUAUGUGUGGAUCGAUACAUGCUGCAUCGACAAGACUAGUAGUGCCGAGCUGAGUGAGGCCAUCAACUCCAUGUUUCGCUGGUAUCGGUGCGCAGAAGUCUGCUAUGUGUUUCUGUCAGACCUCGAUCCAUUGCCGAACAACCUCAGGGAACGAGACAGACGGACACAGUUGGUACAAAGGCUUCCCUACUGCAAAUGGUUUACUCGCGGAUGGACGCUGCAGGAAUUAAUUGCCCCCAGAAAGCUUGUUUUCUUUGACAAAGAGUGGACAUUCGUCGGCGAAAAGUCUGACUUGGAAGGCUCUCUGUCAGACAUCACUAGAAUAGAUGAGUCUGUAUUGAGGGAUAGUUCGAACCUGCAUUCCAUUCCUGUUGCAAGGAGGAUGUCCUGGGCAGCGCGCCGGCAGACCACACGUGUCGAAGACAUGGCCUAUUGCUUGUUAGGGGUCUUCGAUAUCAGCAUGCCUCUAUUAUACGGAGAAGGAUCAAAAGCCUUCUUACGAUUACAGCAGCAAAUCAUUAGCGAGAACUCAGACAUGAGUCUUUUCGCCUGGCAGUCUGACGACGAUCGUGUUUUCAGCGGGAUAUUUGCAGAUUCUCCAGACCAGUUCGCCCACUGUGCUACUUUGAAAAGGCACCAGAAUGUAUUCGAUCAAAUGAAUGAAGUAGCCAUCACAAAUAUCGGCGUUCGUCUACACGUGGGUCUCCGCAAAUUGCUGGGAGCACCCCCACAGAGUACUGGCCAAACCUUGCGGGGCUCAGAGAACAAUUUCCUGCUUAGUCUGGAUUGCGCAGAACAGAGCAGCCGUACGAAUGGGAGGAAGGAGUGGCUGGCAAUAUAUCUCAAGAAGUUUGGGCAAACAUAUGUCAGAUGGAACCCGCACAGCACCGCCACCUCGUCAUCACAGCGACUCUGGCCAAGGAGACAAGCAGCGGCGCCGGUAUAUAUCCACACGCGGCUGUUGCCUGAUGACAUAGAACGAAUACGCUCCUCGCUUGAUACUGGAAUCAUCAUAAGGUACGCCGAACCUCUUGUAAGCCGAAUAAAUACGCGGGCUGGCAAGCCAUCUUCGGCAUAUGACGGUACUACUAUUCAUCCCGAGGGCCGCCUCGAAGGUGACCCAAAAGCUACACCAGAAGAAGUCGUGAAAGGAGCCGUGUUCCACACCCGGGGGCAAGAGAACUUUCUUGGAAUCCAUUACCUCGAUCUCAAACUCGGGGACGAUGCCGAAGAUCUGGUGCAAAUAGCUCUCCUCUUUUCCUUGCAAUGGACCGGAACUUCACUCAGGCUCAAUUGCAUUCCGUUCGACGGCGACUCAACGAUUAUGCAAUACGCUCCGCAGGAUUGUCCAUUUACGGAAGAAGAAUGCUUGGAUGAGGUGAGGGAUAUCUUGCUUACCCACUAUUCCGAUUUGUCUGGCUUGCUCGAUCAAAAGUCUCUGCCAUCUACGGUUGGAUUUUACAACAAAGCAAAACCUGGAAAGACGGUAAUAAUAUCCGUGCAGGAAGAUAAGAGUCUAUUACCCCUAUCUACUCGAGCGAGAAAAUACUUGAGUGCCAUUGUCUCAGUCGAGGAAACUUGA